AUGCACUAUGGACAGAUUCAAUUCAAAAAGGCGCACGUUGGGUCCAUGGGAUCCACGGUUGCAAAGUUGCGUGUUGUGUUGCAGAUCCUAAGCGGAAAUGGAGAUCUUUGUUCAGGUCAGGAGCAGGUGAUCCAGGUGACGGCCUUGCAGUCUCGACUGCUUGACCAUUACAAGCUUGGUGGCGUUUUGGGCGAAGGUUCGUUUGGCGUGGUCUGGAGCUGCGAUCACAUCAUCACCGGCGAGGAGCAUGCUGUCAAGAUGGUGGACAAGGUGGAAACACCGUUCACAGACAUCAUGCGCGAAGCUGAACUGAUCCGGACGCUGGAUCAUCCGAACAUUGUGAAAUGCUUCGGCAUUUUCUUUGACAACUGUUUCGUGUGUAUCGUCAUGGACAAGUUUGUCGGCGGAGAUGUGGUUCAAGCUUUGCAGGAGGGUCAGCUUAUGCGAGCCAAGAGCGUGAGAGUAGGCAAGCGUCCGGAGCCCAGCCAUGCGAAGGAUCGACUCAGUCGGUAUCCGGUCAACCUGAAAACCUGUAACGAUGAGGUGGAUGUUUGGGCACUUGGCGUAUUGACGUUCGGCCUUGUCACCACGAAGUUUCCAUUCAAGGGCGAAGGAGAGGUGAGGAACAAGCAGAUUCUUUUCCCACCCUACGUCCAUGACGAAUGUGCGGAGAUGAUUUCGAUGAUGUUGAAGAAAGAGGAGGGCCAGCGGGCUUCAGCCGCGGACAUCCUCAGACACCCAUGGCUGGAUGGCACGCGGAAAACGACAACCAUGCUGCUGCAGACAUCCUUCCUCAGCGAGAACAGCGGGCUCGAUGGCGAAAGCUUUCAGGAAGCCGAGGUGGACCACGAGGUGACGCGCAGGCGUUUGUCCCUUAUCGACCGCAUGCAGCAAGAGCAUUUGACGAUGGAUCCAGCCGCCAACCCGACAGCUUCCCGCCGCUUGAUGAAUCACACAAAGAACCAGUUCUUCAUCCAGACACAGGACGCAACACUUUACUACAAGUGGAUUCCAAGUAAUCUGUUGCGGAAGCAGAAUUCACUUCACCGCUUUCUGGACGGCCGAACUGAGACUGAUCAAAGCGGAGAGUGUCUUUCUUUGUCCCCGCCAGACGUUCAGUUGCUUGACAAGUUCUUGAGGGAGCACAACAUCGAGACGGCCAAGUUUGGUGUGGACCGCGCGAAGUCGCUGCAGGCCCUCGCAGCCGAGGUGCACAGCGGGGCCUCGCGGCUUAUGCUGGAUGCAGCAAACUACAAGAAGCUUGUGCGAGUCGUGGAUGUGGUCGUGCUGAAACUCUAUGAUGAACAGGACCGGCUCCUAGUGGACAUGGAGGAGCACUUCUCGGAUGGGCGUCGAAGACCGACGCGACGUCUGCCAGGUUCGAAGAAGGAGACGACGGAGAACAUCCGCCAAACAGCUGAACGAAUUCUGGAGGAAACGCUGAACUUGGAUCCGGCCUUGGUCUCCUUCAACCUGCACCUGGUGAUCAACCAGGAAGAAGAGUUGGACUCGCCAUCCUACCCUGGCCUACACACGGUGUAUCGAAAGGAAAUUGUUACUGGCACCGUCGAAUCCGAGGAUCCCGAGCUGCAGAAGAAGUUUGGCCUCGGGGUUCAUGCGACGGGCUGGCGAGCCUCCGAGCGAGGCUGCACCAGGCUGCUGCAAUGGAUGACGGAGGCGGAAGCCGUUGCUGCUUACGUCAAGGUGGAUGUGGAGAGUUCAGUAAGCUCUUCUUUGGUCCAGGCGCCGAUUGGCUUGAAGGAGGAGGAGCUGACAGCAUAUCUCACAGAGCUGAAAGUUGAUGUGAGCCAGUAUGGUCGCCAGGGCGCGAAGACGCUCAAACAGUUGUCCGACGAGCUCGUUAAGGGCGAGGUUCAAGUGGGCACGGAUAAGAAUGGAGUCCCUGUGGUUGUCUCUGAGGUGGUGAACCUCUGCAUCCACGAUCCCAUGCGUGGCGAAAUGCUGUGUCAGUACAAGCAGCUUGGCUCCGGCGACUGCGCCUAUGAGCACCUCUCUCUGCCAUGCACGACACGGCGGCCAGAGGAAAACGAAUUUCUUGUUGCGAAGCGCAUCUUGAAGAGACGCCUUCGCAUCAAUCCAAAUACGGUUAUCCUGGAGACGAAGGUUCGACGACUUCAAGAGGAGCGCUCCACAAACGCUUACCCUGGCCUGAUCUUCGUCGAGCGAGAGCUUGUGAUCACAGCCAACCUGGAUCCACAAGUUCCACACAGCCGCAUGAGGAGUAGCAAAACGAGUGCCAUUAAGUUCGUCGAGCGCUGA